UCCAGAAUCGUCCUGAGUUUUGUACAAAGGAACAGUGUUUGCCUCUAGAUCUCAGACGUUACGACCUUGAUAGACAGCCCGGAUAUGUCGAGGGUCAGCUCCUCUACCUAUGAGAGGUGAAUCACCUACUCCACAGGUUUGUGCACAUGCUCUGUAUCCAGCUGAGACUCGAGUUUUGAUGUCUUGGAGGUCGUCUGAAAGGGGCUUGGUUUUACAUCGGGUGUGAGCUGCAAGUUUCCAUAUCAGAGGGUUCACCGUCCGAAGAACUUCUAUUUUAGUCUCUGAGCACAUAAGAUAGAAAGGAGAUAGAUAAGAUAAAAAGGAAAGAAACUACUGAUUGUAGAAAUGUUUUUCUCUGAGAAAAAAAAUCACCUCUUCUGGACACAGAAAGGCAUUUUUCAUCUAGAAUCAUUGAACGUUUGAAAAAAAUCUGGUUCCUUAGUCGAAUUUCAAACAUAGAUUCCUUUGAUCCUAUUGAAAUUGCUUUCAGAGUUUCAGGACAGCUCCAUGCGUUUCAGGGGGGUAGCAGCUGCCCUGGGCCCUCUACCCUGCUUUUCCCGGUGAAGUGGGUGUGUGCAGCCCCCCUCCCCUGACCUGGGUCCCCAUCUCUCCUCCCUGGAGAGCUGGGUCUGUGCCUCUGCCCCAAGCCAGAUUGCUCUAGAGGGGUUAGCAUCUCUCGGUGGAAGAGGACCAUAGGUUGGGUCCCUGUCAGACUGAGGUAAGUCGAGUCCAGGAGCUAGCCUGGUCAUGGCUGCUGAAGGGCUCUUUCCGGAGCACCGAAGCCUGAUACAGUCGGGGAGAGAGAUCUGGACUCCUUAUGGAAGAGCCCAGCACUGUCCAGCAUCUAUUGAAUCUGUCAGGCCGUGACCAAUAUGCAAUCACCAGCUCCAGAUCCUUUGUUCAUGCUCGGGAAUCUGAGCCGAUUGAGAGUUUUCUGUGUACCGCCAUGGCCUUCCUCGCUUAAAGGAGAUCCAUUCAGCCCAUUUAUUUUCUUAGGUGCAAAGUCAUGUGAAACAGCAGUAGUCUUCACACCCCAAAGUGAACAACCAUGAGUCUAUAAAGCAAGAUCUGUUCACUUGUGAUAAGAGGUUGCCAUGGUCUGGUCAGGUGGGUGUAGGGGACCCACCGCCAUAAGAAACUGUGCUUGCGUUCCCCGGCACCCGGGAGGUGCCCCCCCACCCCGGGGCCGGCUGCUGGGCCCCAGGAAUGGUGGUCACCCAGCAUGGCGCGUGGGCUAGGUUUGGGUACCAGAGCUGUGGAGUCCACGUGCCCGGAGCCUGCUCCCCAGGUAAGCCUGCCUCCUCUCUACCCUGCAAGCGAGGUUUGAACUCUUUAGUUACAGUGUAGUGGCAACUGAACUUGUUUAGGAAGCUCUCACACGGAUAGGAAGCCAUUAUUUGAACAAGGAGAAAAAUCUAAACCAAUGUCUUUUUUUAAAGAUGUCAAAAAUGGCGCCGCUGCCAAUAUACUAUUUCUAGUGGAUUCCUCUGGGGGCCCUGGAAAGGAACGUUUCCAACUGGUUCGAGAGUUUCUCUACGCUGUCAUAGAAUCUUUAGCUGUGAGAGAAACCGAUUUCCAUUUUGCUCUGGUCCAGUUCAGCGGAAACCCACUCACUGAGUCGCUGUUAAACACGUAUGGCACUAACCAAGAAGUCCUGUCCCCUAUUUCCACCCUGUCCUCCACUGGGGAACGCAAUCAGAGCGGCCAAGGAUUAGAGUCCGCAAUGCACACGCACCUCACUGAGGCUGCUGGAAGCCGGGCCGGUGGCGGAGCCCCUCGUGAUGGCCGCUCGGAGGACGGCCCGGCUCUGUCCUCAGCGCGGCUUCAGGCUGCGGGCGUUAACGCGUUUGCAGUUGGAGUUGAGGGCGCAGACGAAGCCGCGCUGAAAGCAAUAGCGAGCGGGCCCGUCAGUACGCGUGCGUCCAAGCUAGAGAACGCCACCUCGCUUCAGGACAGAGUAGGACGCGUAGUGGCCCGUGUGCUCGCCUUCGUGAGGCCAGGAAGGGCUGGGGACACGGAAACCCUUAAGGACGUCACAGCACAAGACUCUGCUGACAUUAUUUUCCUUAUUGACGGAUCAAACAACACCGGAGGUGUCCAUUUCGCUGUCAUUCGCAACUUCCUUGUAAAUCUCCUUGAGAGACUCCCCAUUGGAACCCAGCAGAUACGCGUGGGGGUGGUGCAGUAUAGUGACGAGCCCAGAACCAUGUUCUCCUUGGGCAGCUUCUCUUCCAAGGCUCAGGUUCUGGAAGCGGUGAAGGCCUUGGGGUUUGCCGGGGGGGAGUUGGCCAACAUCGGCCUGGCCCUUGACUUUGUGGUGGAGAACCACUUCACGCAGGCGGGGGGCAGCCGCGUGGAGGAAGGGGUCCCCCAGGUGCUGGUGCUCAUCAGUGCCGGGCCUUCUAGCGAUGAGAUUCGCGAUGGGGUGAUAGCUCUGAAGCAGGCUAGCGUGUUCUCAUUCUGCCUCGGAGCCCAGGCCGCCUCCCGGGCAGAGCUUCAACACAUAGCUACCGAUGACAACCUGGUGUUUACUGUCCCGGAAUUCCGUAGCUUUGGGGACCUCCAGGAGCAAUUACUGCCCUACAUUGUUGGCGUGGCCCAAAGGCACAUUGUCUUGCAACCGCCAACGAUUGUCACUCAAGUCAUCGAAGUCAACAAGAGGGACAUAGUCUUCCUGGUGGAUGGCUCCUCCAACCUGGGGCUGGCCAACUUCAAUGCCAUCCGAGACUUCAUUGCCAGAGUCAUCCAGAGGCUGGAAAUCGGACAGGACCUCAUCCAGGUGGCCGUGGCUCAGUACGCAGACACUGUGAAGCCCGAGUUUUAUUUCAAUAGCUAUCCUGGCAAAAGAGAGGUGAUAUCAGCUGUGCGGAGGAUGAAGCCCCUGGAAGGCUCAGCCCUGUACACGGGCUCCGCGCUGGACUUUGUUCGCGACAAACUGUUCGUCAGCUCGGCGGGCUACCGGGCCGCGGAAGGGGUUCCCAAGCUGCUGGUGCUCGUCACGGGCGGCAAGUCCCUCGAUGACAUCAGCCAGCCCGCCCAGGAGCUGAAGAGAAGCAGCAUCAUGGCCUUUGCCAUCGGGAGCAAGGCGGCCGACCAGGCCGAGCUGGAAGAGAUCGCUUUCGACUCCUCCCUGGUGUUCGUCCCCGCGGAGUUCCGCGCGGCCCCUUUGCAGAGCCUGCUGCCCGGCCUGCUGGCGCCUCUCAGGACCCUUUCUGGAACCUCUGAAGUUCACGUAAACAAAAGGGAUAUCAUCUUCCUUUUGGACGGAUCGGUCAACGUCGGACAGGCCAACUUCCCUUACGUGCGUGACUUUGUCAUGAACCUAGUUAACGGCCUUGAUGUUGGAAGUGACAGUAUUCGAGUCGGUCUAGUGCAAUUUAGCGACACUCCGGUCACGGAGUUCUCUCUGGACACUUACCAGAGCAAGCCCGAGCUCCUGGCUCACUUGAGCCGCUUGCAGCUCAGGGGGGGCUCGGGCCUGAACACGGGGGCGGCCCUGAGCUACGUCCAGGGCCAUCACUUCACCGAAGCCGGCGGCAGCAGGAUCCGGGAACGCGUACCGCAGCUGCUGCUCCUGCUCACGGCCGGCCGGUCCGACGACGACUCCUACCUGCAGGCUGCCAACGCCCUGGCCCGCCAGGGCGUGCUGACCUUUUGCGUGGGGGCCAGCCGGGCGGAUAAGGCGGAGCUUGAGCAGAUGGCUUUUAACCCGAGCCUGGUGUAUCUCAUGGACGAUUUCAGCUCCCUGCCGGCUCUGCCCCAGCAGCUGAUUCAGCCCCUCACCACCUAUGUUAGCGGAGGGGUGGAGGAGGUGCCACUCGCCCAACCAGAGAGCCAGCGAGACGUCCUGUUCCUCUUCGACGGCUCCGCCAACGUCAUGGGCCAGUUCCCCGCCAUCCGGGACUUUCUCUACAAGAUCAUCGACGAGCUGGACGUGAAGCCGGACGGGACCCGGGUGGCUGUGGCGCAGUUCAGCGAUGACGUCCGCGUGGAAUCUCGCUUCAACCAGCACCUGAACAAGGCGGAGCUCCUGAACCUCGUGAAGAGGAUGAAGGUCAAGACCGGCAGGACGCUCAACCUGGGCUUCGCCCUGGACUACGCGCAGAGGCACAUCUUCGUGAAGUCCGCGGGCAGCCGCGUGGAGGACGGGGUGCUUCAGUUCCUGGUGCUCCUGGUGGCCGGGAGGUCGGCUGACGCCGUGGACGGGCCGGCGAGCAGCCUGCGGCAGAGCAGGGUGGUGCCCUUCGUCUUCCAAGCCAAGAACGCCGACCCGGCCGAGCUGGAGCAGAUUGUGCCGUCUCCCGCCUUCAUCCUCACGGCAGAGUCGCUCCCCAAGAUCGGAGACCUCCAGUCCCAGAUCGUCAGUCUCCUGAAGUCGGUGCACAACGGAGCCCCGGCGCCAGUUUCAGGUGAGAAGGACGUGGUGUUUCUGAUCGACGGCUCCGACGGUGUCCGGAGUGGGUUCCCCCUGCUGAAGGACUUCAUGCAGAGGGUGGUGGAGAGCCUGGACGUGGGUCCCGACCGCGUGCGCGUGGCCGUGGUGCAGUACAGCGACCGGACGAGGCCCGAGUUCUACCUGAAUUCCCACACGGACCCACAGGGCGUGCUCAACGCCAUCCGCAGGCUGACCCCGCUGGGGGGCCCCGUCCCCCACACGGGGGCCGCCCUGGACUUCGUCCUGAGGAACGUCCUGACCAGCUCUGCCGGCAGCAGGAUGACGGAGGGGGUCCCCCAGCUUCUGAUCGUGCUCACGGCCGAGCGGUCUGGGGACGACGUGCGCGGCCCCUCGGUGGUCCUGAAGAAGGGCGGCGCGGUGCCCAUCGGCAUCGGCGUCGGGAACGCCGACAUUGCGGAGAUGCAGACCAUCUCCUACAUCCCGGACUUCGCCGUGGCCAUCCCCACCUUCCGGGAGCUGGGCACCGUCCAGCAGGUCAUCUCUGAGCGGGUGACCCAGCUCAGCCGCGAAGAGCUGAGGCUGCUGCAGCCCGUUUUUCUGCCCCCGUCCAGCCCAGAUGUCGGGAGCAAGAAAGACGUGGUCUUCCUCAUCGACGGGUCUCAGAACGCCGGGCCCGAGUUCCAGUACAUCCGCACGCUGAUCGAGAGGAUGGUGGACUCCCUGGACGUGGGCUUCGACACCACGCGGGUGGCGGUGAUCCAGUUCAGCGAGGACCCCAAGGUGGAGUUCCCACUGAACGCGCACUCCAGCAAGGACGAGGUGCAGGGCGCCGUGCGCCGGCUGCGGCCCAAGGGCGGGCGGCAGGUGAACGUGGGCGGCGCCCUGGAGUACGUGCUGAGGAACGUGUUCCAGAGGCCGCUGGGCAGCCGGAUCGAGGAGGGCGUCCCGCAGUUCCUGGUGCUCCUCUCCUCGGGGAGGUCGGACGACGAGGUGGACGACGCGGCCGCGGAGCUCAAGCGGUUUGGGGUGGCCCCCUUGGCCGUAGCCCGGCACGCAGACCAGGAGGAGCUGGUGAAGAUCUCCCUGAGCCCCGAGUACGUGUUCUCGGUGAGCACCUUCCGGGAGCUGCCCACCCUGGAACAGAAGCUGCUGACCCCCAUCACCACCCUGACGGCUCAGCAGAUCCAGCAGAUCCUGUCCACGACGCGCUACCCUCCCCCAGCUGUGGAGAGCGACGCUGCUGACAUCGUCUUCCUCAUCGACAGCUCCGAUGGCGUGAGGCCGGAUGGCAUCGCCCACAUCCGAGACUUCGUUGGCAGGAUUGUUCGCAGACUCAACAUUGGUCCCAAUAAAGUGCGGAUUGGGGUCGUGCAGUUCAGCAACGACGUCUUCCCAGAAUUUUACCUGAAGACCUACAAAUCCCAGGCCACCGUGCUGGACGCUAUCAGGCGCCUGAGGUUCAAAGGCGGGUCUCCACUGAACACGGGGAAAGCUCUGGAGUUUGUGGCGAGAAACCUGUUUGUGAAGUCCGCUGGCAGCCGGAUAGAAGAUGGGGUCCCCCAACACCUGGUCCUGUUUCUGGGCGGGAAAUCCCAGGAUGACAUUUCCAGGUUCUCCCAGAUCAUCAGCUCCUCGGGGAUUACGAGCGUCGGAGUUGGAGACCGGAACACGGACAGGGCAGAACUGCAGACCCUCACCAGCAACCCCCGGCUUGUCUUCACGGUGCGGGAGUUCAGAGAGCUCCCCAACAUAGAGGAGAGGGUCGUGAGCUCAUUCGGACCCUCUGGAGCCACGCCGGCCCCCCCCGGGGUGGAGCAGCCUCCCCCUGCAAGGCCAGAGAAGAAGAAAGCAGACAUUGUGUUCCUGCUGGAUGGCUCCAUCAAUUUCAGAAGGGACAGCUUCCAGGAAGUGCUCCGCUUUGCCUCGGAAAUCGUGGACACGGUCUACGAAGAGGGCGACUCGAUCCAAGUGGGGUUGGUCCAGUACAAUUCUGACCCCACGGAUGAAUUUUUCCUGAAAGAUUAUUCCACCAAGAGGCAGAUCAUCGACGCCAUCAACAAAGUGGUCUACAAAGGGGGGAGACACGCCAACACCAGGGUGGGCAUCGAACACCUGCGGCUCAAUCAUUUUGUGCCCGAAGCCGGCAGCCGCCUGGACCAGAGGGUCCCUCAGAUCGCCUUUGUGAUCACGGGAGGAAGGUCGGUGGAGGACGCUCAGGACGUGAGCCUGGCGCUCACGCAGAAAGGGGUCAAGGUGUUUGCCGUGGGCGUGAGGAACAUUGACUCGGAGGAGGUGGGCAAGAUGGCUUCCAACAGUGCCACGGCCUUCCGGGUGGGCAACGUCCAGGAGCUGUCGGAGCUGAGCGAGCAGGUCUUGGAAACUCUGCACGAUGCGAUGCACGAAACCUUAUGUCCUGGUGUGAGCGAUGUUUCCAAAGCCUGUAAUGUGGAAGUGAUUCUGGGAUUCGAUGGAUCCAGAGGUCAGAAUGUAUUUGUGGCCCAGAGGGGACUCGAGUCCAAGGUGGACGACAUCUUGAACAGAAUCAGUCAGAUGCAAAGGAUCAGCUGCGGCGGCACCCAGCUGCCUGUCGUGCGGGUGUCGGUGGUGGCCAACACACCGACGGGGCCAGUGGAGGCCUUUGCCUUUGCCGAGUACCAGCCGGAGCUGUUUGAGAAGGUCCGAGGCAUGCGCAACCAGCAGACAUACGUCCUCACGGCCGACACGCUGAAGCUCUACCAGAACAAGUUCCGGCAGUCCUCGCCCGACAGUGUGAAGGUGGUGAUUCAUUUCUCGGAUGGAGUAGACGGAGACUUGGCUGACUUACACAGAGCUUCUGAGGAGCUCCGGCAAGAAGGAGUCCGGGCCCUGAUCCUGGUGGGCCUGGAACGGGUAGCCCACAUGGAGCAGCUGUCCCAGCUGGAGUUUGGACGGGGCUUCAUGUACAACAGGCCUCUCAGCCUCAACCUGCUGGACCUGGAUUAUGAACUUGCCGAACAGCUGGACAAUAUUGCCGAGAAAGCGUGUUGUGGGGUUCCCUGCAAAUGCUCUGGAGAAAGGGGAGACCGAGGACCCAUUGGCAGCAUUGGACCAAAGGGCAUCUCGGGAGAAGAUGGCUACCGAGGCUAUCCCGGCGACGAGGGCGGUCCUGGUGAGCGAGGUCCACCUGGCGUGAACGGCACUCAAGGUUUCCAGGGCUGCCCGGGACAGAGAGGAGUCAAGGGCUCUCGAGGAUUCCCAGGAGAAAAGGGUGAAUUGGGAGAAAUCGGGCUGGACGGUCUGGAUGGCGAGGAGGGAGACAAAGGCUUGCCGGGUUCUUCCGGAGAGAAAGGGAGCCCGGGAAGGAGGGGUGACAAAGGACCAAAAGGAGACAAGGGGGAGAGAGGAGAUGCUGGAAUCCGGGGUGACCCGGGUGACUCUGGACGUGACAGCCAGCAGAGAGGACCCAAAGGAGAGACGGGUGACAUCGGCCCCAUGGGUCUUCCAGGAAGGGAUGGUGUAGCUGGAAGCCCAGGAGAGACGGGCAAGAAUGGAGGCUAUGGCCGAAGGGGACCCGCAGGAGCAAAGGGAAACCGGGGCGGUCCAGGCCAGCCGGGAUUCGAAGGAGAGCAGGGGACCAGAGGAGCACAGGGCCCACCUGGUCCCACUGGUCCUCCAGGCCUGAUGGGCGAGCAAGGCAUACCGGGACCUCGGGGAGGUGGAGGCGGCCCCGGGGCCCCCGGAGAACGGGGCAGAACCGGUCCUCUGGGAAGAAAGGGAGAGCCUGGAGAACCGGGACCGAAGGGAGGCAUCGGGAGCCGCGGCUCGCGGGGGGAGACGGGAGAUGACGGGCGAGAUGGAGUCGGUGGUGAAGGACGCAGAGGCAAAAAGGGAGAAAGAGGUUUUCCCGGGUACCCAGGACCAAAGGGAACCCCCGGCGAGCCCGGGACGGACGGAGCACCGGGACCCAAAGGUGUCAGAGGCCGAAGAGGAAACUCGGGCCCCCCAGGCGCAGUCGGACAGAAGGGAGACCCUGGCUACCCAGGGCCGUCUGGUCACAAAGGCAACCGCGGCGACUCGGUGGACCAAUGCGCCCUCAUCCAGAGUAUCAAGGAUAAGUGCCCUUGCUGCUAUGGGCCCCUGGAGUGCCCGGUCUUCCCGACGGAGCUCGCGUUCGCCUUGGACACCUCAGAAGGGGUCACGCAGGACGCCUUCAGCCGCAUGCGAGACGUGGUGUUGAGCAUCGUGGGCGAUCUGACCAUUGCUGAGAGCAACUGCCCCCGGGGGGCGCGCGUGGCCGUGGUCACCUACAACAACGAGGUGACCACCGAGAUCCGCUUCGCCGACUCGGCCAGGAAGUCCGUCCUCCUGGACAGCAUCAAGAACCUCCAGGUGGCUCUGACGUCCAAGCAGCAGAGUCUGGAGACCGCCAUGUCAUUUGUGGCCAGAAACACGUACAAGCGCGUGAGGAGCGGGUUCCUGAUGAGGAAGGUGGCCAUCUUCUUCAGCAACAAGGCCACCAGAGACUCUCCGCAGCUCCGAGAGGCGGUGCUCAAGCUCUCCGACGCCGGGAUCACACCCUUGUUCCUCACCAGCCAGGAGGACCGGCAGCUCGCCAACGCCUUGCAGAUCAACAACACGGCCGUGGGGCACGCGCUGGUCCUGCCGGCGAGGAGAGACCUCGCAGACUUCCUGAAGAACGUCCUCACUUGCCACGUUUGCUUGGAUAUCUGCAACGUGGACCCCUCCUGUGGGUUUGGCAGCUGGAGGCCCGCCUUCAGGGACAGGAGAGCGGCGGGCGGCGAUGUGGACAUCGACCUGGCCUUCCUCAUGGACGCCUCGGAGUCCACCACGCUGUUCCAGUUCAACGAGAUGAAGAAGUACAUCAGCUACCUGGUCAGGCAGCUGGACCUGAGCCCGGACCCCAAGGCCUCCCAGCACCUGGCGAGAGUAGCCGUGGUGCAACACGCCCCCUACGCGUCGGUGGGCAACGCCAGCGUGCCGCCUGCGAAGGUGGAGUUCUCCCUGACCGACUAUAGCUCCAAGCAGAACCUUCUGGAUUUCCUCAGCCGUGGGAUGAGGCAGCUACAGGGAACCAGCGCCUUGGGCAGCGCCAUCGAAUACACCGUCGAGAACGUCUUUGAAAGCGCACCUAACCCCCGGGACCUGAAGAUGGUGGUGCUGAUGCUGACGAGCGAGCUGCAGGGGCGGCAGAGGGAGGAGGCCCAGAAGGCCAUCCUGAGGGCCAAGUGCAAGGGCUACUUCUUUGUGGUUCUGGGCAUUGGCAGGAAGGUGAACGUCAAGGACGUGUACGGCUUUGCCAGCGAGCCCAACGACGUGUUCUUCAAGCUAGUGGACAAGUCGACGGAGCUCAACGAGGAGCCCUUGAUGCGCUUCGGGAGGCUGCUGCCGUCCUUCGUCGGCAGUAAACAUGCUUUUUACUUGUCUCCAGAUAUCAAGAAACAAUGUGAUUGGUUCCAAGGGGAUCAACCAAUAAACAGUGGUGUGAAGUUUGGUCAUAAACAAGUAAACAUCCCACCCAACGCUACUUCCAGCCCGACAACGAAGCCCGCGACGACAACAAAACCGACCACGACGACCGUCAGUCUGCCUCCCGUGAGGCCGGCUCCGGCCAGGCCGGCGGCCGGAAAACCUGCGGCCCCGAGUCCAGCCGCCGCGAGGCCGGCCGUGGCCGCGAAGCCGGCCGCGGCGAAGCCGGCCCCUCCCAGACCAGAGCCCCCCAGACCGCAGCCCAAGGCCGCUGCCGCCACCAAACCCCAAGCCAAGCCCGCCUCUACCAAGACAGAAGCCAAACAAGCCGCCUCCGCCAAACACGAGGUCAAACCGGCGGCCGCUAAGCCGGAGCCCCCCCGGCCACAGGCCAAACCAGCCGUGACCAAGCCAGCCAUGGCUAAACCUGCAGUUCAAGCCCCUCGAGAAGUCCAGGUGUCAGAGGUCACGGAGAACAGCGCCAAGCUCUCGUGGGAGCGGCCCGAGCCCCCCAGUUCUUAUUUUUAUGACCUCACCAUCACGUCGGCCCAUGACCAGUCUCUGGUCCUGAGGCAGAACCUCACGGCCACCAGCCGCGUCGUCGGGGGCCUGCGGGCGGGGCAGACGUACCACGCAGCCGUCCUGUGCUACCUGCGGGCCCAGGUCCACGCCGUCUACCAGGGCAGCUUCAGCACGCAGAAGCCUCGGCCGCCACCCGCGCAGUCGGUGCACCCCGCCUCCGGCGCCGCCGCCCAUCUCUUCGUGAACGCGAAACCACUGGAUUUUACCAGAACAGACAUAUGUCAGCUGCCCAAGGACGCGGGGACGUGCCGAGCGUUCGUUGUGGCUUGGUACUAUGAUCAUGGCAACAAAAGCUGUGGCAGGUUUUGGUUCGGAGGCUGUGGAGGCAACGAGAACCGAUUCAGCUCACAGGAAGAAUGUGAAGCCGUUUGUGCUCCUGGGCUCACCAAACCAGUCAUCAAUGUGAUCGGCACCUAGGCGUGGCUGGCCAGCAACACAUACCUCUUGAGAAGAAGGAAGCAGCCAUUUCCAACGGUGGUCAUCGUAGACGCUGGGGCAGACCUCGCAGACCUCCCCGGCAUUCUCCUGCUUUGAUUGACGCGCGACCUUGGGAGGGAGCCUUCCGCUCUGCCGCUCCACCUGUCAAUAUGGUGCUAACUGUGUCUGCGGAGCCCUUGCUCUGUCUCCAGGCAGUUCUAUCGUAUACUUUGGACUCUUGUGUACUAGUUAGCCAACGCUGGUGUUUCUGUGAACAUUCCUAUGCAUUCAGAUUCCCUCUGGAGUUCCCUGUUACACCUGUUCUGGGAAAAUUUAAGUUCUAGAAAAGAAUUUCAAUGUCACGGCUCCUUUAUAUACGUCUGCUUGGUUCAUUUUUUUUUUCUCUUAGUUAAGCAUGGCUGUAGAUGGAAAAACAAAAACCCAACUUUUCUCCUUCCCCACCCCUUAGCCUCCUGGAUUAGCUCAUUUUCUUCUUCUAAGUCCUCUGGCAAAUGGUCUAGUUAGACUGAAGCAAACCCAUUGAUCUGUGUGCACUGUUGGGACCAAAGCCUUAAUUAAGGAUUGAAAGAAAGUCAUCAUAGAGAAUAUUUUUGGCAUUCCUUUAGUGUGUUAUUUUUUUUUGAGUCUGGGGAGGGGUAGGGUUUAAUUUUAAAAUCUUUAGGAAAUUUAUACAAAGGAACUUUUUAAUAAAGUAUAUUGAAAGUGUCA